CGUGAGGUUCGGUUCUCCGUGGCAAACAGAAAAUCCUCAAUUUUUGGACGAAAGUUCCAAAMAUAUUUGCUGGAGGUUUUCCAAUUUACCUUGCUGUAGGACAGAGAAGUCACUGUUUAAAUACAGCAAUUUUACUGAAAAAGAUCUACGCACGAGGGACAAUUUGUUGCGUUACUUUUGAAUAGAAUUCACCUCUGGUUGGAUUUGAGAUAUCGAACAACUAUGUGUUUUGAUGAAAAGAACUUCGACUCAAAAGAAGGUUUUGUUAGCCGUGCRAUUGAAAAACGUGUCCGUAACAAACGCCGACGUGAUCCUGAUAUGUAUGUGGAUGUGUUGUUGUCGUCCACUGUCAAAAGACUGAAAUAUGAGCUUGUCAAUGAACAGUACCAACGUAAGCAACUAGACGAGCGGGAAAUUUCCCAAAUUCCAAAAGACAGAGACAUCUUUUCCUCAAAUGUAUCAAUACAAAAGGAAUUACCUGAGGAAAGUGAGGUGAAAAUAGCUGUGGAGUGCUUGCAGUCUACAUUAUCAACMUUGGAUGCUGAGAUUCGAAGCGAGUCAUUGAGGAGUGCAGCAAAUCUACAAUGGAGAGUGCUGAAAAUUUACCUCAUCAUAGCACUGGAUCUAGAAAAUGUUGGACUCUUGUCCUCUGCCUUCCAGUGCAUUCUGGAAUAUAAAAGAUUGAGGAGUGAAUUCCCAAUUGUAAUAUUGUAUUUAUUGUCAGAGUGACAUUUCUGUAUAUACCAUGUUUAUAAAAUGAAGAAUUUUAUCAUAUUUAAAGAAAAAAAGAGUAUUUUAUGCUCUAAUGAAGUACAUAUUUUGCAUUGCCAAAUUUGGAGUUGAGAUCUCUAAGGCGUUGCAAAGUACCUGCUCUAGGUUCAUUAUAUUAAAACCUCUGGAGAAAUAUGUAAAUCUGUUAUUUUGAUACAAGGAAUCAGCUGCUUUUACAAAAUAAUGCUCUAAUAACUUUCUUACAAAACUAACAUAAAGAAAUUCCAUUGCAGUUUCUUUGUUGUAUCUGAUAUUUCAUAAAAUUAAAAUAAACCACUAAUUGAUGAAUAAAGAAAUGAAAGGCAUUGGCUAUUAACCAAAUUAGACCAGUUACAGCAGUGGUUUUUGAAACCAGUAUCCACACCAAUGGGCAAAUAAAUUGGUAUUGUUAUAAAUUCUUUUGUAUUGUAAUAUAUUUUAAUGUGGCAUGUACUGGUACAUCACAAAUAAAACUGACUUUGCUCUA